CUUCCAGCAUGAUUAAUGACGAUGCCAGAGAGCAACUUUUGGUAACUAUUCAGAAGACUUUCAACUAUAGCAAAAGCCAAUCACAGCAGAUCCUGCUCAUGGUUACGGAGUGCAUGAAGAAAAGGGAGCUGAUCACAGUUUUUCGGAUGGGUUCUGAGGGACAACAAGAUAUUGAAAUGGCCAUUCUUACUGCCUUGUUAAAAGGCACCAAUGCUGCAGCAGCUGAUCAGCUGGGCUUGGCUCUGGCCUGGAACAGAGUUGAUAUUGCUCGCAAUCACAUUUUUGUUUAUGGACACAAUUUGCCAGUGAACUCUCUGGAGCAGUCUAUGAUGGAUGCUCUGGUGCUCGACAGAGUGGACUUUGUCAAACUGCUCAUUGAAAACGGGGUCAAUAUUCACCACUUUGUCACAAUUCCCAGACUGGAGGAGUUAUACAACACGGGAAACCUUCCUCCAGAUUAUCAGAUCACUUUGAUCGAUAUUGGUCUGGUGUUGGAGUGCUUUAUGGGCGGAGCUUACAGGAGCAAUUACACAAGGAAGGCCUUCCGCAACCUCUACAAUAAUUUAUAUGGACUUAAAAGGCCAAAGGCUCUAAAGCUUCUAGGAAUGGAGGAUGAUGAACCAAGGGGAAAGGGCAAGAAAAAGGGAAAAAAGAAGAAAGAGGAAGAGGUAGAAAUUGAUGUCGAUGACCCAGAGAUGUGUCGAUUCAAGUUCCCCUUUCAUGAGCUGAUGCUAUGGGCGGUGCUGAUGAAGCGUCAGAAGAUGGCGCUGUUUCUUUGGCAGCGUGGAGAAGAAGCUAUGGCCAAAGCCCUGGUGGCCUGUAAACUGUAUAAAGCCAUGGCCCAUGAGUGCUCUGAGAGUGAACUAGUGGAUGACAUCUCCCAAGACCUGGAAAACAACUCCAAAGAAUUUGGCCAGCUGGCUUACGAGCUGUUGGACCAGUCCUACAAGCAUGAUGAACAGGUGGCCAUGAAACUCUUAACAUAUGAGCUGGUUAACUGGAGUAACUCCACCUGUCUAAAGUUGGCUGUGGCUGCUAAGCAACGUGAUUUCAUUGCCCACACCUGCUGCCAGAUGUUGCUCACCGACAUGUGGAUGGGAUGCCUGAGGAUGGGCAAAAACCCUGGCCUUAAGGUUAUUCUGGGAAUCGUCUUUCCUCCGCUGAUUCUACUGUUGGACUUCCGUCUUGCAGAAGAUGCAUCCUAUAAUGCACCUGGCCAAGAACAGGGAAAAGACAAGGAUGACGACGCAAAAUCCACCAAGGACGGUAAUGAUACAACUUCCCGAAAGGGGGAUGAAGAAGAGGACGCCACUCAUGUCCGUAAAAUCCCAAUAGCAACUAGGAUCUUUGAGUUUUAUAAUGCGCCAUUCACCAAAUUCUGGUUCAACACUAUUUGCUAUUUGGGCUAUUUGAUGUUGUACAACUACAUAAUCCUGGUGAAAAUGGAGCGAUGGCCAUCCUUACAAGAGUGGACUGUCAUCGCAUACAUCGUCACACUUGGCUCUGAAAAGAUCAGACAGAUUCUGAUGUCAGAGCCGGGGAAGUUGAAACAGAAGAUAAGUGUGUGGAUGGAGGAGUACUGGAACAUCACAGACCUGGCUGCCAUUUGCACCUUCCUUUUCGCACUGAUGCUACGCCUGCAGAAUGAACCUUACCUGGGCUACGGCAGAGUCAUCUACUGCAUAGACAUCAUCUUCUGGUACAUCCGUGUACUGGACAUCUUUGGAGUCAAUAAAUACCUGGGACCCUAUGUGAUGAUGAUAGGGAAGAUGAUGAUAGAUAUGUUGUACUUUGUGGUGAUCAUGCUGGUGGUGCUUAUGAGCUUUGGAGUGGCUCGGCAGGCCAUCCUUCACCCUGAUGAGGAGCCGACAUGGCGCCUGGCCAGAAACAUCUUCUACAUGCCCUACUGGAUGAUAUACGGAGAGGUUUUUGCGGACUCGAUAGACCUCUAUGCUAUGGAAAUCAACCCUCCAUGUGGUGACCAUUUAUAUGACGAGGAUGGGAAGAAACUACCUCCAUGUAUCCCUGGUGCCUGGCUCACCCCUGCCCUCAUGGCCUGUUAUCUUCUGGUGGCAAACAUUCUUCUGGUCAACUUGCUCAUUGCAGUUUUCAACAACACUUUCUGCGAAAUCAAGUCAAUUUCCAACCAGGUGUGGAAGUUUCAGAGAUAUCAGCUGAUCAUGACGUUCCACGACCGCCCCAUCAUGCCGCCACCUCUCAUCAUCUUCAGCCACCUCUACAUCCUCUUCAACAGGCUGUUUCGGCGGUUUUUUAAGAAGAAACAAGAGGGAGAGUUGGAUGAAAAGGACCGCGGACUCAAGCUUAGGCUGAAUCCAGAGGAGCUAAAAUUUCUGUACGAGUUUGAAGAACAGUGUGUGGAGGAGUAUUUCCGUGAGAAAGAGGACGAGCAGCAGUCCUCAACUGACGAACGUAUCAAGGUUACUUCAGAAAGAGUUGAAAAUAUGUCCAUGCGUCUAGAGGAGGUAAACGAGAGGGAGAACAACAUGAAGGCCUCCCUGCAGACAGUGGAUCUGCGCUUGGCACAGCUGGAGGAGAUCCACGGACGAAUGGCAGUCGCACUGGAAAAGCUUGCAGGGGUAGACAGACUGGAACUGACCAGAACCUACUCACGAAACUCCUCUGUGUGUGACCCCUCCUCCCUCCUUCGCCAGAGCAGUAUUAACAGCGCUGAUGGUUACAGUCUUUACCGCUUUCACAUGGACUUGGAGGACUUGGCAGCAAAGCAGAAGGCAGAUGAGACAACUAAAAGUGGUUUAGAGAGAGAAAAGAGUCUCCGGCUAGCCUCCGGUAGAUGUUCUCUAAACAAAAAUGAAGGUGGUCAGACCAUAGAGGUUGCUGGUUUGGAGAGAUCGGGUGUGGAAAUUCUCAUAUCUCCCUGUAAACAAAAGCCUAUUUCUGCAGCAUCAAGUCAUGAGAUCUUAUCCAAUAUAAGACAAGGCAAAACAGUGCUAGAUAGCCUUAUGCCUUCUUCCCCGCCAACAAGGACUAAGUCUUUGCGAUACUAUCCAGUUGAUGACCAAGCCACCGCUCCUUUAACAAAGAGAAGGUCUAUGAGCACCAUCAUCAUCAGCCCGCCUGAUGAACCUGUGGAAGCAGAGGAACUCACGAAGAAGCCCGAACUGCCGCCAAGAACAUCCUCUUCACCAAAGAGGACAACAUCUUUAAGAUACUAUCCAGUCGAAGACCAAGCCAUCUCUCCUGUAACAAAGAGGAGGUCUAUGAGCACCAUCAUCAUCAGCCCGCCUGAUGAACCUGUGGAAGCAGAGGAACUCACGAAGAAGCCCGAACUGCCGCCAAGGACAUCCUCUUCACCAAAGAGGACAAAAUCGUUGAGCUAUACCCCUUCUGAAAUCCAAAACCAGACUUCCCCUACCACAAAGAAGAGACCCAUGAGCAGCAUCGUCUACAACCCAGCGGAUGCAAGUGUUGAAGUGGCGGACUACAGAUCAGUAGUGGAGCAGGUCGCUCAAACACCAAAUCGGUGGCCAGAAAACUUGGAGUACCAGGUGCACCCUAGCGCAGUUGGUCACAUGCCUAAAGUUUCAACAGUGAGAACUAUCGCCCAGCAGUUUAACAGUGGCACUGCACCUACAGAGCCUAAAAAAGAGGAAAGUCAGACGGAUCUUGUUCCUUUAGAAAGUGAUGGAGCUCUUCCAGCAGCAGAACAAACGACAGACCAAACUAAGAUGAAGGCCAAGAGAAUCCUCUCAGACACGACCGAGUAUCUGACUGUAGCUGAGAGCUUUAAUCUGGACGAGAGAGCAAAGGUGGUGGACAAGGAACCAAGAGCCUCCAGCAGCGAGAGAGACAUCUUACAAGUCUGCACGGUGGUGGGGGGAGAGGAGGGCGGGAUGAUGGAGGCAGAGAAAAAAGAAGAUGAUGCACAGGAAAAUAAUUAA